AUGGGCAAACUUAUACGUCUUGAGCUAUUCAACUUCAAGUCUUACAAGGGACACCACACUCUUCUCUUCGGUGACUCAUACUUCACUUCUAUCAUUGGACCAAAUGGCUCCGGUAAAUCAAAUUCAAUGGAUGCCAUAUCGUUUGUGCUAGGUAUAAAAUCGUCACAUCUUCGCUCGGCGCAUCUCCGAGAUCUUGUUUAUCGGGGCAGAGUACUCAAGACUUCUAAGAUCACAUCACCAGAUCAAGAGCUAGAGACAUCUGAGAAGGUUCGAAAUUCUGUUUCAGAUGAGGAUGGAGAGCUCCGGAAAGAUGCCAUUAACGAUCCAAAAAGUGCAUGGGUAAUGGCGGUCUAUGAGGAUGAUGCAGGUGACGAGCAAAAAUGGAAACGCUCAAUAACUUACCAGGGCAUAAGUGAAUAUCGUAUAAAUGAUCGUGUGGUCACUGCUUCCCAGUACAAUGAAGCACUAGAAUCUGAGAAUAUUUUAAUCAAAGCACGAAACUUUCUUGUAUUUCAGGGAGAUGUUGAAGCCAUUGCUUCACAGUCGCCGAAGGAUCUCACUAAACUGAUAGAACAAAUUUCAGGUAGUUUGGAUUAUAAGGCCGAAUAUGAGCGCUUAGAAGAAGAAGCUAAGAAAACUGCCGAAAAUCAGCUAUAUAAUUUGUCUCGAAGGAGAGGCAUAAAUUCAGAGAUUAAACAAUACCAAGAACAAAAGAAGGAAGCGGAGGCUUUUCAGGCUAAAGUUGAUGAACGGGACCAAGCCAUAGUCACCCAUAUAUUGUGGGAGCUAUAUCAUCAUAAGCUAGAAAUGGAUGAAUCAAUCUCCAGCAUAGAACAAAACCAGGAAUCUCUUAGAGAAUACCACGGAAAUGCUGUGAAGCAUGAGAAAAGUCUGGAAGAGGCUCGUCAUGCACAAGCCAAAGUCACAAAAGACCUUGCUCGGGUUGAAAGGUUGAUCAAGAAGAAAGAAAAGUCGAUAGAAGAAAACGAAAAUAAUCUAGCACCGAUUGACCAAAAGAUCGAGAUUACUGAAAGAGAAAUUGAAAAGAUGAGAAAAAAAAUCACUAGUGUCUCCACUGAGGAAGAAAAAUAUAAUAGCGAAAUUCAAAAGUUAGAAAAAGAUCUAGCCAUGGUUGAAAAAAUACAGAAAGAUUCAGGUCGCAAGUGGCAUGAGGCUCUACAAAAACAGGGAAAGCAGCUAAGUGAAACAGACUUUAAGGAAUAUAAUUUUUUAAGGAGCCAAGUAGCUACAAAAACUGUAACAAUUAAAGCAAAGUUGGAUAAUUAUAGUCGACAAAUGAAAACUGAUCAAGUUACCGUGAAUAGUUUAAAAGGAAAACUGUCGGCUUCACAGGUAGCUGUGGAGAGGUUAGAGAAUGAGAUAAGUGAGAUCAAUGGCCGAAAAGAAUCUAUCGAAACGAUUGUAAGUCAAAUCACUGGCCAAAUUGAUACGAAGAAAAAAGAAUUAAAUCAAAUAAUAUCCGAGCGGAUAAGAAUCAGCCAACUACACACUGAGAAGGAUGAAAAAAUACAGGCCCUUCUCAAAGAAAUAGCUGAUGCAGAUGCGGGUCAAAGAAAGAGUCAAAAGGAGCAAAGAACGAAAGAGACAGUUGCUGCCCUAAAACGCUUAUAUGCUGGUGUGCGAGGUCGGGUUGGUGAUCUUUGUAAGCCCAAGCAGAAAAAGUAUGAUGAAGCAGUCAUAACAGCGCUUGGUCGGGAUUUUGAUUCAGUUGUCGUUGACACAGAAAAAACUGGGGCUGAGUGUGUUCAAUACCUGAAAGAUCAACGAGCUGGCCCUAUGACCUUUAUUCCACUUGAUAAUAUAAAGGUCAGAGCUCCUGAUGCAAACCUUAAGGGUCUUCCAAAAGCACGUCUUACUAUCGAUACCAUUGAUUUCGAUCCGUCUUUGGAGCGAGCUAUGGCAUAUGCAUGUGGCAAUUCGAUUGUUUGCGACGACCUUGCAGCAGCAAAGCAUAUCUGUUAUGAAAGGCGUAUUCAUCUCAAGGCAGUUACGUUGCAGGGGUUCGUAAUCCAUAAAGCCGGUCUCAUGACAGGUGGUAGGGGUCCCGAAAAAGGCGAUAAGCGCAAGUUUGAUGAUCAAGACAUCGAAAAACUCAAAGCUCAAGUCUCAAAAUUCCAAAAUGAAAUUCUUGCAUUACCCGAUCCGUACCGACGGGGGGCUGGCGAGGAAGCACUACAAAGCGAAUUAUCUGGUCUUGACCAACGUCUUGUGUACGCAAAGAGCGAACUUUCUGCAUUUUUGCAGAACCUAUCCAGCAAAAAUAUGGAGUUAACACACGACAAAAAACAACUUCAAGAACUCCAACCAUUGCUUAGCGACAAAGAACGUGUCCUUCAAAGUGUUUCGGAAACUGUAGCUAGCUUUCAGCGCCAGGUUGAUCAGGCUCAAGAUGAGGUGUUUGCCGAAUUUUGCCGUAGACUUGGUUAUCCCGAUAUUCGAACAUACGAAGCUCAGCAAGGAAGUCUUGAGCAACAAAAUGCCGAAGAACGAAGUAAAUAUGCAAAACAUAAAGCAGGAAUACUUAAUCAAGUUGACUGGCUUAAAGGUCAACAGAGCGAGGCUAUUAGACGCGCAACUGUUAUGAAAUCGAGGGUCAAUAGUCUUGAAGCGCAAAUAUUAGAGUAUCAAGCUGCUAAGGUGAAACUUGAUGAGGCUAUUGAUACUGAAAAAGUCCAUAUUACGAAACUGGAAGACGAACGGCACCAAUUGAAAGAAAAACUAUGUCAAAAAAGUGAUAAAGUAAGUCAGAUUAAGGGCGAACUUUUUAAGCAAAAAAAAAAGUCCGAAGACAUCAAUAAGGAAAUCUCUAUCCUACAAAUCAAGGCACAAAGAAAGAGUGCAGAACGGUAUUCCUUACUUCGGCGAUGUAAACUCGAACAGAUAAAUAUUCCUCUAAAACCAAACUCCAAAAAAUUAGACAGCCUUCCUGUAGAAGAAAACACUACUCCAGCUGAUUCUGACGCUAUGGAUAUCGAUGAAGAUGAUGUUCUUCCCGAGGAAACAAUCAAGGACUAUGGGAUUGUUGUUGAUACUGAUAAUCUUGAUGAAGAGCUAGCUUUGUCAAAAGAUGACGCGAUAGGAGCCAGGCUUCUGCAAGCAAUUAGUGAUCUCAAUAAUGAGUUAGAAAAACUUAAUCCUAAUAUGCGUGCAACAGAAAGACUUGAUAGCGUGGAAUCAAGGCUCAAAUCUACAGAAAAAGACUUUGAAGAUGCGCGGAAGAUUGCGAAAAAAGCUAAAGAAGAUUUCGAUAAAGUUAAAGAGAAACGAUCUGAUCUUUUCAACAAAGCCUUCUCGCACAUUUCAGAACAAAUUUCACAUGUCUACAAAGAUCUCACUCGCUCUCCAGCUUUUCCGUUGGGCGGUCAAGCGUACCUCGACGUCGAAGAUAGUGACGCACCUUACUUUUCGGGCAUCAAGUAUCAUGCCAUGCCGCCCCUCAAACGAUUUCGGGAUAUGGAACACUUAUCUGGCGGCGAGAAAACCAUGGCCGCACUCGCGCUCUUAUUUGCAGUUCAUUCCUUCCAGCCGAGCCCGUUCUUUGUAUUAGAUGAGGUUGAUGCCGCUCUCGAUAACGCCAACGUCGAGAAGAUACAGAAUUAUCUUAGGGAACACGCUGGGCCUGGCAUGCAAUUUAUCGUCAUCUCCCUUAAAACGGGUCUCUUUCAGGGCAGCGAGAGCCUUGUGGGCGUAUAUCGCGACCAAGAGGCUAAUUCUUCCAGGACCCUAACAUUAGAUGUAACUUCGAAAAUAUCGGUAAUGUCAAACUCCACACUUGCAGACGCUUCUAGUAUCUAA